GGAGCCUCCAAGACGGCCCUGGAGCACCCCAAGAGGGCCCCAAGUCGAUCCGUAGCCAUUUUGGCUCCAGCCAGUGUGGCUCAAAGCUCAAGCAUGCUGGGCACGGCAGCGGGCAGGGCACACGCGCCAUGGUCAGCGCCUGCCAGAUCGUGCAAGCCAUCAUCAAAGUCUAUGUGCCAUGCUGCCUGAUCGGCGCAUUUCUGUUGCAGGACCAGCCCCUCACGGCCCUGCUUGCGCCCCGCGGUCCGCUCGCGCUGUUCUCUGUCGGCCCGGCAAGCAGGCUCGACGCCGCGGCGCCGCUGGUGGGCCAAACGGCGGCGGUGGCCAGCCCGGCACCAGGGCUGGCGCCACGAACGAGGCCGACGCCGACGCUGACGCCGAAGCCGACGCCAGGGCCACCCGCAGCUGGCGAAGGCCACGGGCCUGCUGGCGGGGGCGCGGAAGAAGACGUGCCCCCGCUCCCGGCCGUCCUGGAGCACGGCUGGUUCCGUGAUUCCAGGUGUACGAAGCUCGCCAUCCCGUGGAGGGGUGCCCCCAGCAACAUAGACGUCUGGCGUCCCAACGGGUCUUGCCUCCAUACAGAUGGAAGCAAGGAGUCGUACCAGUUUGUCUGCAGCGCGUCCCUUGGGCUCGUGUUCGUGCAGAAGAUGGACCGAGAUUGCAACAGGUUGAAGCAGCAGAAUGCCAUAGCGCCCGAGAUGUGGCAGCGCAUAAAGCGGGGCGAGUGCAUCUUCUAUGGCACCGCCGAGAUGGGCAACGACGUGUACAGCCAGCUGAACACGACGCUGCCAGCAUCGUACGGAGUGGGCUGCGCGGCCUUCCCCCCCCCCCCGCGGCCUUCUAUCGGGGACAGGGCCGGCGUCGCCUGCCCUCCCGGCUCGGCCGCGCUCGGGGUCGACGGCGGGCGCAGGCUCGAGCUGAGCCUCCUCCUCCCGUCGAAGUUCAGAGACCUCUUCGCCUCCGAGCAGGUUCAGCAGUACAGCUUUUGCAUUAAAUCGAUCUCGGUGACGGUCGAGGACCAGAAGAACGAGCCCGCGAAGACGCUGGACAAGGGGACGCGCCGCGCACUGGACGUUCCACGAAACGAGUCUGCCUUCUCGGACGUCAAGCUGCUGCUGGCCGUCAUGACGCCCACCUACGCCUGCGACGUGCGCAACGUGCACAGGACGACCUGGAUGACCCACAGGCGCGUCUGCGCCUUGCGCCGCCACGCAGAGGCCGGGUGCUCGAUCAUGCCUCUGUUCGUAUUCGCGAACGUCUCGCGCGACGCCGUUGAGGAAGCCGACGAUGUAGUGUUUCUGCCCGACGUGCAGCCUUCCAAACGCCUGAGCAACGGCGUCAGUGUCUGGUGGAAACUCGGCAAGAACAGGGAUAUGUGGAGGGAGGGACAGUACAAGACCCCAGCGUGGUUCCAGCACGCCCUGCAGUAUCCCUGGGCGACGCACAUCGCAAAGAUGGACCUUGACACGUAUCCCUUCGUGACGGCGAUCUACAACGACUUGAUCCGCCUUCCGCCCACCCGCGUGUUCUACGGCAGGCAGUUUUCCGUGGGGGGGGGGGCAUGUAUGGCGAGUUCUAUCUUGUCACCAAGGACGUCGCGGCGGGGUGGGUGGACGUGGAGAACUUAACGAGGAAGGCGCGGCGUGCGCAGUUCAAGGGCAUCGCCGAAGACCAGACGUUUGCUACGGUCAUGCGUUUGGGAGUUCAUACUUAUUGGUUUGCUUUAAACGGCUGUAGGCAAGUUAGAUGGGUCCACAUGAGAUAGCCGCUUGGACACCCUGGCGCCUUGCAGUGGCAGGCCAGCCCUCUUUUCGAUUGUCCAGGGGUGCACACAGUGGCCACCACGUGUUCAGGGUCCAGGGGGGGAGGGGACAAGAGCACCAGCAUCUAAGAGUGAGCGCCCAUGUCGCACGUCAGCCGAGACCUGUCUGCUGUGCCGAGUCAGAGCUCCGAUCGGCGUGUGGAGAUUCGCCCAGGCCUGGCCUACUUGAAAACUUAUAGCCGGAGUGCAGUAUCCCCAAAGAGGGUUUUUAGACCCACUGCGGUUUCCAAGGUCGAUUGCGUGCCCGCCUAGUGCGGGCUGGCAUGGCAUGUUAAAACAUGCCUCCUCCUCCUCCUCCUCGUCCACCUCCUC